GCUGCUGGGUCGCCGUUCACCCUUGCGCCCUCAUCGCCCAACCAGACAAACCGGCGGGGGGGAACCGAGAAGCCGGCAGCAGCAGCAGCAGCAGCACCCGUCCCGUCUCCCCGAGCUCAGUGGGAGCCGAAACGCGCAAAUCGGCUGCGUGUUUCUCCCCCGCCCCACUCCGGUGUCGCUCCGACCGUGCGCGUGUCCCCGUCCCCGCCUCGACCGUCAGGGAGCCGGAGACGGCGAAGAACCCGCGAGGUGUUUUCGGGAGGUGACUGAUUCGAGCAGGAGGUGUUGGAGAGGAUCGGGGCAGGAUUUGCGCGCCUCCCUCUUUUCCCGCCCUUGGAACCGAGAGGGGUGGAUUAAAACCAUGGCAGCGCCAGGACGGCAGUCACACUGUGGCCGGAGAGUUGCCUCCCUCUUUGCAGUCACCUUGUGGGUCCUUUCCUCGGCUCCACAGGUUGGUGGUGACCAGAGUCAGGGGGCUGUUUUCCUACGGGAAUUUACCUUAAUAAGGAGAGAGAGUCUUAAUGAAGAUUUCCUUCCAGAUUUGCUGAAUAAUAAUCACAAAACUGAAGAUACGAGUUCUCGAACUGCUCGAUCUGAAGAGGACCGAGAUAGUCUCUGGGAUGCCUGGGGCUCCUGGAGUGAAUGUUCCCGUACUUGUGGUGGAGGCGCUUCGUACUCCUUGAGACGUUGCUUAAGCAGCAAGAGCUGUGAAGGACGGAAUAUUAGAUAUAGAACAUGCAGUAACGUGGAUUGCCCUCCAGAAGCAGGUGAUUUUCGUACCCAGCAAUGUUCAGCACACAACGAUGUCAAGUACCAGGGACAGUUUUAUGAAUGGCUUCCUAUCCCUAAUGAUCCUGACAACCCGUGUUCAUUGAGAUGCCAGGCAAAGGAGACAAACCUUAUUGUGGAACUGGCACCUAAAGUCCUGGAUGGAACACGAUGUUACACUGAGUCACUAGACAUGUGCAUUAGCGGCUUGUGCCAGAUUGUUGGCUGUGAUCAUCAGCUGGGAAGCCCUGUGAAGGAAGAUAACUGUGGGGUCUGUGAUGGCGAUGGUUCCACCUGCCGGCUUGUUCGAGGCCAAUAUAAAUCUCAGCUCUUGGCAAAUAAAUUGGAUGACACUGUUGUUGUUAUUCCCUACGGAAGUCGUCAUGUUCGCCUAGUGCUGAAAGGUCCUGAUCAUUUAUAUCUAGAAACCAAAACUCUGCAAGGUGUGAAGGGCGAAAACAGUCUCAGCUUCACUGGAUCCUUCAUUGUGGAUAAUUCUUCUGUUGAGUUUCAGAAGUUUGCAGACAAAGAGAUAUUGAGGAUACCUGGUCCUCUCACUGCAGAUUUCACUGUAAAGAUUCAUUACGUUGGUGCUGCUGACAGUACAGUUCAGUUCAUUUUCUAUCAACCUAUUAUCCACCGAUGGAGAGAAACUGAUUUUUUUCCUUGUUCUGUAUCCUGUGGUGGAGGUUAUCAGCUUACAUCUGCUGAAUGCUACGAUCUGAGAAGCAAUCGAGUGGUAGCUGACCAAUAUUGCCACUAUUACCCUGAAAACAUCAAGCCAAAGCCAAAACUCCAAGAGUGUAACCUAGAUCCUUGUCUGGCAAGUGAUGGAUACAAGCAGAUCAUGCCCUAUGACCUCUACCAUCCUCUUCCUCGGUGGGAAAGCACCCCGUGGACUGCCUGCUCUUCUUCCUGCGGAGGAGGCAUUCAAAGCCGCACAGUCUCUUGCGUGGAAGAAGACAUCCAGGGAUUGGUCAGCUCGGUGGAGGAGUGGAAGUGCAUGUACACUCCCAGGAUGCCCAUUGUUCAGCCUUGCAAUAUUUUUGAUUGUCCUAAGUGGCUGGCUCAGGAAUGGUCUCCGUGCACAGUGACAUGCGGCCAGGGUUUGAGGUAUCGAGUAGUUCUGUGCAUUGAUCACCGAGGGAUGCAUACCGGUGGCUGCAGUCCUAAAACAAAACCGCACAUCAAAGAGGAAUGCAUUGUCCCUACUCCGUGUUACAAGCCAAAAGAAAAACUUCCUAUUGAAGCUAAAUUGCCAUGGUACAAGCAAGCUCAGGAGUUGGAAGAGGGAAGGGCAGUUUCUGAAGAACCAACGUUUAUUCCUGAGGACUGGUCUGCCUGCAGUGUGACCUGUGGAGUGGGCGUCCAGAUGCGACUGGUGAAGUGCCAGGUGCUGCUAUCCUUCUCUCAGUCUGUGGCAGAUUUGCCCCUUGAUGAAUGUGAAGGACCUAAACCAGUGUCUGAACGAGCUUGCUAUGGUGGUCCAUGCAAUGGAGAAACUGGUGAAGAGACUGAUCUGCUCUUUAGGGGCUCACAAGAUUUUGAUGAACUUUAUGAUUGGGAAUAUGAAGGCUUCACUGAAUGUUCUGAGGCUUGUGGUGGAGGUGUCCAGGAGGCUGUAGUGACUUGCCUGAAUAAACAGACCAGAGAAUUUGCAGAUGAAAAUCUAUGUGUGAGCAGUCGGCGCCCCCCACAGUUGCUGAGAUCUUGUAACCUGGAACCUUGUCCCCCAAGGUGGGAGAUGGGAAAAUGGAGUUCUUGCAGUCUCACCUGUGGUGUUGGAUUGCAAAUCCGUGAGGUCUUCUGCACUCAUCUCCUCUCAAGAGAGACUAAUGAGACAGUGACUUUGGAGGAUAAGCUAUGUCACAAACCCAAGCCUACAGGGGUACAAGCCUGCAACCGUUUUGACUGUCCUCCAUCUUGGUAUCUUCAAGAAUGGCAACAGUGUUCACAGACAUGCGGAGGUGGCAUUGAGAGACGGGAAGUUCUUUGCAAGCAGCGCAUGGCGGAUGGAAGUUUUCUAGAACUUCCAGAAACGUUUUGUUCCGCUUCACGGCCAGCUUCCCAACAAGCCUGCAAAAAUAAGGACUGCCCCCCUGAAUGGCUCCUCUCGGAUUGGACACAGUGUUCUGUUAGCUGUGGAGAGGGAACCCAGACACGAAAUGCCAUUUGUAGGAAAAUGCUAAAUACUGGACUUUCUGCCAUUGUGAACUCAUCACUGUGCCCAUCUCUGCCACUCUCCUCCUUGGUCAGACCAUGUGUGCUCAUGACUUGUGCAAGAUAUCAGAGACCAGCUCACAAGCAACCCCCUUUAAUACUGGCUCAAAAGAAAGUUUUUAUCCAGACACGAAAGCAAAAGAAGUUGCAUUUUGUUGUUGGUGGAUACGCCUACCUGUUGCCCAAGACUUCCGUCAUUCUUCGAUGCCCUGUGAGACGAUUCCGGAAACCAAUGAUCACCUGGGAGAAAGAUGGCAAACGACUCAUCAGCUCUGUUCACGUUACGGUCGCGCCGUAUGGAUACAUGAAGAUCCAUCGAUUAAAGCCCUCAGAUACCGGCACAUACACUUGCACAGCAGGACCAGCUCAGGAGCAUUUUGUGAUUAAACUCAUAGGAGGCCACAACAAAUGUACUGCCACCUUGUCAUCUGGGAUAAAAGAAGACGAAUCCUCAAGGAAGGUCAGUCUGAAUGAAGCUUUGCAUGGCCAGGAGAAGCAUCAGAAUAAAAUUCUCUUCAACGGAAGCAAAACUGAAAAACGAGGACUUGCCUCUGGUCCUAGCCACCAGUAUGAUGACAUUGUCUCAAGGCUUCUGGAAUACAGAGGCUGGCCUCGGGUGAGUGCAGAGCCAUGGGAAGCCCAGGACUCCACAGAGAGAAAUAUUUCUUCAGAGGAAGACCAGGGUCAGGACUACAACCUGCCUUUCACUAUGGUCGCCAAUCAGGAUCGUUUAGAUGACAUCUUAAAGAAUUUGUCUCAACAGCCUGAGGAACUGAAGGAUGUCUAUAGCAAGCAACUUAUCUCCCAGCUGGCCCAUGAAAUUUUCAAGAGCCAUUUGGAGCAUCAGGAAUCUUUUUUCAAAACCCAGGGAAGCAGAGUCAGUUCUGCUUCAGUGGAAUUUCCAUUCACUAAGCAUUUUUCUGAGUUUAACAGAUUAUUGAGAACAUCUUCCUCCGAAGCCCACUUGGGCACAUCUCUAGAACUCGUAAAUGGUUCACGUGGGCCGCACAAGAAACCUGCCAUCUUGAAGAAGAUCUCUGCAGCACAACAACUAUCCGCGUCUGAGGUUGUCACCCAUUUGGGGCACACUGUGGUUCUGGCCAGCGGGACAUUAAGUGUACUUCUUCACUGUGACUCUGUUGGAAAUCCAAGGCCAAUCAUUACCUGGGCGAAGAAUGGAGAAGCUGUGCAGUACAACAAGAGGAUUCUUCUUCAACCGGAUGACUCCUUGCAAAUCCUAGAACCAGUUGAAGCCGACGUAGGCUUCUAUACUUGCAAUGCAACCAAUGUGUUGGGCUCUGACUCUGUCUCCAUUGCCAUCACAUUAGCAGGGAAACCACUGAUAAAGACCUCAAGAAACACCGUGACCAACCAAAACUUGCCGAUGAUUUCUGUUGAUAUCGGAAGCACAGUGAAAACAAUUCCAGGAGUAAAUGUGACCAUUAGCUGCCAAAUUGCAGGUGUGCCUGAGGCAGAACUUACCUGGUUCAGGAACAAAAUCAAGAUGGCCCCUGACCUUCACAUCCAUGAUGGAACACUGCUGAUUCCAAACGUAUCUAUCUCAGACCAAGGGUUGUAUUCUUGCAGGGCUGCCAACAUCCGCGGGGAGGUAACGGAAAGCACUCAUCUAUUAGUCCUCGAUCCACCGCAGCUCCCUCUUCAAUUUGAAGACAUGGCAGCCACUCUGUCUCUCGUGGGGCCAGGCAUUCCUUCGGUGAUAACAUCUCCUUCAGGAACAAGAAAAAUAUUGAGCCAAGGAAGCUCCGUGCUCAUAGGCUGCCCAGUAGAUGGUCAUCCAACUCCUAACAUCACUUGGUUUUACGAUGGUCAUCCCUUCCAUCUGCCUCAUCGGGUGUUGGCUUCUGGUCAGAUUCUCCAGAUCCUGAAUGUCAGCAAUUAUUAUCAGGGAGAAAUCAGCUGCAGGGCUCAAAAUGAGGCAGGCUUACUUAUUCAAAAAACAUCUCUGGUCAUCCAAGAUUACUGGUGGUCAGUGGAGAAGAUGUCGCCUUGUUCAGCCUCUUGUGGCAAUAAGGGUCUACAAUACCAUCAGCUGAAAUGUUUACUGGAUGGAACCCAGGUCAACAUGUCACAUUGUGUGGAAAAACCCAAGCCAAAUCUGCAACCUGUGGCGUGCAAUAGGAGAGACUGCCCUUCAAGAUGGAUGGUGACCUCAUGGUCUCAGUGUACCCAGAGCUGUGGUGGGGGUAUCCAGUCCCGGAGGGUGACUUGUCAAAAACUGACUGCUGCUGGCAUUUCCGUACCUGUGUCCAGCGAUAUUUGUGCUCAACUGGCCAAGCGUCCAGUAGAUACUCAGAGUUGCAACAGACAGCUAUGUGUGGAGUGGACAACUUCAGCCUGGGGACAGUGCAAUGGGCCUUGUGUUGGCUCUCGUCUGGCACUCCAGCACAGGCAGGUUUUUUGCCAGUCCAGGGAUGGGGUCUCUGUGCCUUCGGACCAGUGCAGUUCCCUCCCGAGGCCUUUAAGCACUCAGAACUGCUGGACAGAUGCCUGUGGCGUACACUGGAGAGUCAGUCUGUGGACGUUGUGCACUGCUACGUGUGGGAAUUAUGGCUUCCAAUCUAGAAGAGUAGAAUGUGUACGUGUUCAUACAAACCAGCCUGUGCAAGAUCACUUAUGCGCCUGGAGACCAAGACCAGCUAACUGGCAGAGGUGUAACAUCACUCCAUGCGAAAAUAUUGAGUGCAGAGAUACCACCAGGUAUUGUGAGAAGGUGAAGCAGUUAAAGCUCUGCCAACUGGCACAGUUCAAGUCACGCUGCUGUGGGACGUGUGGAAAAGCAUGAAGGCAGCAGCAAAAGAAAGAAAGAAAGACAGAGAAAGUGAAUUUAGCAACCGAUGGCCUUGCUCUACUCUGCUCCUGAGAAGAGCUGCUUGAGAGAAGGAAAAUGGGAAAAGCAGUUGCCUCGUCUGCCACUUAUUUAUUUAUUUUUCCUUUCUCUCCUCCUCUCUCUCUUUUUUUUUUUCUUGUUAAGAAAUCUCUUUUAACAGAGUCAUUUGUUCUUUCUAAAAAAAAAUGACCUUGACAAGGUUUCUCUCCUAAUGAUGGGAAACACAUGCAGCGUGUCACAGUUCAUGAUGAGGGUGGAGGCCAAAAGAGGGAGAGAGAGAGAGAGAGAGAGAGAGAAAGCAUGUUGGAAAUGGAACCGUCCAGAAGACAUCACUGGGGGCCCUUGACGGACUGAAGAAAUGACGUGGAAGCAACCGGAGACCAGACGCCCAACUGGAUUACUAUUACCUGAAUCAAAAUGGGGCUUGACAGAUACAGAAAGCAGAGAUUAAAAUGGACGAUUGCCACCUUGCAAAAGUUGGGACUGACUCUGGCACACUUACAGUAUAUCCUCUUCCCAAAUAGGGAUUUGCUAUGGUGAGCUCACUAUCGCCACCCGGGAAGCUGGUAGCGUGAAGCGUUAUACUUGUGACUUCUUGGCAUUUUGCCACCGAGGCUUCCCAGAAGAACAGCUGGCCUUUGGGGGCUAGAAAUUGGCCCUGGUGAUGGGGAUUACCCAUGCCAACACAUCCAGAGGUCACGAAGUUGGGGAAAAAUCUAAUUAGAAAUAAGAAGAAGUAAGUAAAGUCCUCGCUGUCUAACUCAGUACUUCCCAAAAGGUUUUGUUUGUACAUUUGAGGAAGUGAUGGCUUGUCUGUAUCCAUAAUGAGUUUAUCAUAGCUGUAUGUCUUUUUUUUUAUGCUACAAUUUGGGAUUUUCUGCUUUUGUGAUCCUCAGGUGAUACAGUUUGACCCUCAGAAUGCUACAGUAGAUUAAAUUGAAUUUUCUAAUAAUGUGGCUGAAAUGCAGGGGGAGCAAUGCCAUUCAGAUUAGAAAGAAAGGUGCACCAAAGAUUAAUUCUCACAGUUCAUUUUGGUUCCUCACGGUCCAAUUACCAAUCUCUUCUUCGCUUAUUGAAAGCUUGGAGUCCUUUUUUAAUUUAUUUCAUUUUUUUAAAAAAAAACACGCCUAACUAAAUAUAUUGUAUGCAGGUUCAUCCUGAUUACUCUUGCUAAAUAUUGAAUCUGAUGAAAGCGGAGGGAAAUACUCAGGAGGUUUCCAUUGCAUGUUUCUAUUGGCUUUUGUUAGCAGAAAUGAAGUUGGAAACUAAUAAAAAAAAAAACUAAAAGAAUAUGAAGAAAUUGGGAUGGAAGAUUAUAUAAUCCAUAUGGUUCAGAGUGUAAAAAAAAAACCCCACAAAUACUUUGCAAUAAUAAAAGAGAAAGUAUGAGGCAAACCCUAAGAGGAAUAAGUGAACUCAAUUGUCCAAAAAUAUUUUUCGAAAGAAGGGGUGAAACGGAAGGACAACAUAAUCCAUAUAACUGUAUACUGUAUAGAUUUUCUACAUUGAAAUUAGAGGUUCCAUGAGAUUAGAUCAGGUUUAAAAUGGAUUGCUGGUGAAGAGUAAUCCUAUUAAUCCUCACGACUGUGACGCCCACUAUAUGGAACAAAUGCAGAGGUAAAUUGUCAACAUCCUCUCAGACCUGAUGAAAUAUAUUAACCGAACUGUUUUCUCACUUGAUGCGGAUGACUCAGAGAAAGACAAUCAAUAUAGGUGCUUCCCAUUUCAUGAUCCUUUUUUUAUUUAAAGGGGGGGGGUUCUUUUUUAUUAAGCAGGAUGAAAUUCACAAACUGUGCUGAACUGCUUGGAGCUAAAACACGGCAGCUCUGAAAUACACUUCCUUGGAAGAAUAGAAGCUCUGAUUGACAGGCUGUUGCAGCAAUCUUAUAAUGCCCCUUCAUUCAGCCUCCUUCACUUAGGAAUAACUCCAUGGAGUUAUUGCUUUCUGGAUAUUGUCAAAUGGAGCCGAGUGCCUUUAAGAAAUGGCUCACACAGGCUCCAGAUCUCUGCUGUUCAUUAAAGCAGUUCAUCUUUUUUUUUUUUUCCCAAAAACCCCAAGGGCCCUAAAAAAAAAAAAAAACUUAAAAUAAAAAACCCUACUGUGGCUACCUUUAGAAUUGCAAGUCAAUUCCUUAAUGUGACGGAAUUCUCAAAAUGACUGCCUGUUUUAAUGAAGAGUAAGAGGCCAUUUUGGAACAAACACGGCCCUGUGGUGAAACAUGGGUUGCUCCAUGACACAACUCAAAAAGGUCACAUACUAUAUUUCCUGCCUGCUAUUAAAGGAUAAGGAAAGGCAGUCUCUAUGGCAGCCAUGAGGUCUACAGUGUCCUUCACACAUUUUAGAGCCCGGGCCAAAAGCAGAGCAAAUGAAUGAGCUGCUUCCCACCGACCCUGACACAGUAAUGAUAAAAGAAGCAUGUGGUUGGUUUGUCUUGCUUUGGGACGGCUGACUCUGACACAACAUUUGGCAGGUGUGAUGGUUUUUACCCAGCACUGAUUUCCUCCAAGGUAUAGUGACUGUAUGUCUCUAAUAACUAUCCAAAGCUGGGCUUUAGCACGAUGAAAGAUUGAGCAUCUGAAAAUCAAUUGGUAUUAUGUAUUUGUGGAGAAGGAAGAGCCUUCAAACAAAAUCAUGAUUUGUGGUGCACAUUUUUGUACCCCUAACGAGUGUUGCGGUGGCCUAGAGGUGGAGCUCUCACCUCACAAUCAGGAGCUUGUGAGUUCGAUCCUAAAUAGAGGCAUGAUAUUUCUCUCUGGGCACGACGAGAAUUUAUCUGCUGAAUAAUAAAAUUCCGCUUUGGUGACAGGAAGGGCAUCCGGCCAGUAAACAUUCUGCUCCAUUCAGAUGCCCUGACUCCACCCCGCAAGGGAUUAUGGGGUCAUUAAAAGGAGAUAAUGAUUUUUGUACCCCAAACAACUUCAGAGAGGGUAGGUGGACUCUUCAGUUCUGAGGGUUCGGUUGAAGCACUAUAAAAGGCCAGACCUGCAGCUUGGGUGUGUUUGCACAGGAUUCUUGGCUUGUAUUUAACCGUAAAAUGUGCGCUGAAGGUAGCAUUGAUAGGUUACAGCUUUUUAUUACCUGUAUAUUUUAAAACAUGUCUGGAAGUUCUCUGAUGAGGUCAAUGUCAGGUCCGCCAGAUUUAAAUUGCCUUCUGUUUUGGGCUUUCCAAAAUGUAUCUGGCAGAGAAUUUGCUCUCUUUUCAGAUGGGUCUCUGAGUUACCGUGUUGCUAUGAAUCAAUGCAACAUUUAUUUUUAAAAAAAGAGAGAGAGAAAGAGAGAAUGUCUUUCUAUGUUAUGUAAAUGUAUCAUGUGUGUGUAUUUAUUAGAAUUUCAUGUAUAAAAAGUGCAAUAUGAAUAAUUGUACAUUAUUUUUGUCCAGAUGAAACUAUUGGGGGAGGUGGGCGGGGGCAGGAGGGGAGAAGAGAUUCUUCUGUAAUACAUCUGCAAUGUUUUUGUAAUACCGGUGACAAUGUAUUGCCUGUCCUUAUUUUUGUAUUUAACUUUGACCACAUUCAUUUCAUACAGAGAAAACCACUGGGGGGGGGAAUGGGGGGGCAGCAUGGAGAGGAAGGUUAUAUUCUGCAAACAGAAGGACCCUUUUCCUUAGCAGUAAUGUGGUGGCUGUUUUUUUCUCAAUAGAAAAAUAAAUAGAUUUUCAUUAGAACGUCAGGCAUCAGUAGCUAAACACUUUUGGAUGGUGGCCUUUUGGAAAUUCUCUGUGAAAUAAAUCCAGGGGACAGCAUUCAAAUGGGUGCAGUGUUUUGGGGGUGCCCUAAUAUCAGUGGUGAAAUGCUACCGGUUCACAUCGGUUUGGGUGAACCAGUAGUGAUAAAAACUACCGGUUCAGAUGAACUGAUAGUAAAAAAAAGCUACCGGUAUUUCCGACAAUCAGCUAUGCCGCGCAAUUUAACAUCGCCAGAAAGCUUUCUAGUGAACCUAAAUAGCGCAGGACAGCUGUUCCCCGCCCCUCACUGUUCUACUUACCUUCCCAAGCUUCCUUUUUUCUGCACAAAAUACGUGUUUGGUGCUACACGUGCAUUUGGUGUGCAGUGCACAUGCGUGUGCAGCAGGCAUUUGAUGUGCACCGUGCAUGGGCAUGCAUGCAGCGCAUGUUUGGCUCACAUUGUGCAUGCGCACAUGCAGCUCGCAUUUGGCAUGCACCGUGCAUGCGCGGCCAGCGAACCGGUGGCAAACCGGUUCAGAUUUCACCACUGCCUAAUAUAAAUGUAAACGAGGCCCCCGAAGAAAAUGGCUUCCCUGUUUAUUUCAGAGCACAAACUCAAGGUAUGGAUCUUUGUGUUGUUGGUGCCACUUAAUGGUCUUGCAACCCAGAGGACUGAAUUGAAGCAAAGGCGGAUAAUCCAGUUCUGACUUCAGUCGAGCUGUAUCCAACUCUGGGUUUCUUUCCCCUGCCCCCCACCCACCCCCUGGAGCUGGCUAGCUGCAAACCCCAGCAAGGAUCCUCUGAGGCGAACCCCUCCAACAACGGGCAUGUCUACAACUGUGCUAAGGCUUGCAGCCUACGAAUGUAAUUACAAAUGUUUCAUGAAUUGUGACUUGGCAGCAUCCAUGUAAAUAUCUUGUUAAGGUUGACAAAUACUACAGGAGGCAGCUCCCCUCCCCCCCUGUUUUUUUUAAAACUUGUUUAUAUAAUUUUUUUGUACAAAUAAUGCAUCUUAUUUAUUUA